AUGGUGUUCGACGUGCCUGCGCAGAGCGGUGGUUACACGUGCAACAGUCCAGUUACACAAAAAUUCAAAAAGAAGAGCCCGUGGCAAUAUCGCUUGAAGGAGGUUGUCACCGAAGAGGACGAGGCUAUUCUCAGGGAUUUCGGUGGUGGCGACGGCGUUGUACGAGGAAAACCGGCGAACAUCCUGCUCUCCAAGGUGCGCCGGUCAAUUGUGUCCGCGAAUCAGACCCUGAGAGAGGUGAGCACAACAGCCACGGGGAAUCCAGUGGUCAUCCGGCUCUACGUCACAAACACUGGCCACAGUCGAGCGGUGGUCAAGGCGGUGAUCCGUGGCUGCAGCUACGGCUUCGGAUCGGCCAGUACCGACCAGGUGCCCCUGUACCCGGGACAGACGCUGCUCAUGCUGCUCAGCGUCCGGCUCGAAGGCAGCAUGCCCACAGCAGACGUCUGGUGCACAGUGGCUCUCGAAAGCAACGACCGUGGUGUCCUCACAUCCAGGAGUGUGCUCAUCCGGCCCAAGGGUCACUGUAUCUGCUACCUGCACUGCCAAUGCAUGUGCUUAGGCGAGCUGGUGGAGUGCAAGGCGGAAAGUGCGGCAAACCGGGAUAAGCGGAACACCAACACCAAGCCGUCAGCGGCUCCUGUAGGAAAGGUCACGUCACCGCCGACAACAAGCUCGUCGCAUUUCUACGAGAUCCCAGAGCCCCUCUUGACUGCCUCGACGACUGAGGACACAGCGGACCCAUUGUCGUGCGGCUUAUCCGUAACAACCAUCAUACUUGAAAUUCUACUUUGCUUAGGCUUGUUUAAAGCAACACUUGGUCUGGUGAGUCCCCCCGUUGCAAGGUGGGGUCUUCAGAAUUAUAUUGCACAGCUCAAGCAUUCAAGUGGCACUGGUACAAACGAUUCAGCGACCUGUGAUUUACAUGAAGAGAGAAGAGUUGGCGCUGGGACCAUCUUUUGCAUGAAUAUCUUCUACUUCUGCAUGCUGCCCUUCAUUUUUUGUGGAAGAAGAAAACGAGUUAUUCAGACGCAAAGGGAAGAACUUGAGGACAAAAUAUUUGGUUUUGAUGCUGCAGGUCCACAAAGACUGUAAGGAAAAGAAGUGUCCACUUCACGAUUAUGCAUGUGUUACUGCAACAUGUGGUUCCAAAUAGAACAUUUACCGUACCAAAAGAUAAAGGCUGC